UUUUUCCAUCUUUAGUAAUCAACAUAACCUGUAACCCUUUGCAUUCUAUAUAGAUCUUCCAAUUAAAAUAUCUUUACUCUUAGGCAUGGAUAAACUUGGGUUUUACUUGCUAAUUCUCCUUCACACCAUCCACUACGUCUAUGGUGCUGAUACCAAUAUCACUCCCCUUGACUUUGUCAAAACCUCAUGCAAAACAACCCGCAACCAGGCUCUCUGUGUCAAUUCUCUCUCAAGUUACGCUGGUUCUAUCCAAGGAAGCGAUCAGCAGCUUGCUAAAGCAGCCAUUGCGGUUAGUCUAAACAAUGCCAAGUCAGCAGCUGCACUCGUUUCCAAACUGGCUGCAACCUCGAAACUAAAACCACAAGAGUACCAAGCACUGAAAGACUGUGUUAAUAACAUGGCCAGCUGUGUUACUAGUCUAACCCAGUCAGUUCAGAAGCUUCGUAAGAUGGGUCAGUUUAAGGGCAAAAAUUUUGAUUGGCACAUGAACAGUCUUCAAACAUGGGUAAGUUCUGCCCUUACACACCAGAACACUUGUGCUGGAGGGUUCUCUGAUAGUUCAAUGAAUGGAAAAGUGAAGGAUGUUCUUAAUAAGAAGAUGACUUCGGUGACACAAAUCACCAGCAAUGCACUUGCUUUAGUAAAUGGGUUUGCAUUGAGGCAUAAAGAAGUUACCCAUAAACCUUAAGGGUUAUAAAUUGUUAUGGAAAGAGGUUGGCGUUUUAGUAAUAUUAUAGUGUGCCACAAGUUUUGGUAUCCUUAAGGAUUGUGUUUUUGACUGGGUCUAUGCUGCGCUGGUUUGCAGUGCAUUGUUCAGGUGUUUUUUUUUUGCCUUAAUUACGGCUAUUUUAUGAUAACUUAUACCUAACGGA